AUGCCCACGCGAGCACUCUCUUUUAGUCAUAUAGUAAACGAUACGGACAAUUAUAUGCAGUUUGACAGUAAAAAAGAAAGGGAGGAUUUGGCUUCAAAGUUGCUCAACAGUGACCUCAACCAAGAAAAACAAAAUCUAUAUGACAAAGCAAGACGGCACUAUGCACAAGUUGAACAGAAGGAUGGCAAUAAAAGGUUACGCACUGACAGAGUGAAUAAAUCUGAUAGUUUAGAAAAAGGAUCUUCCAAAGGUUAUACAUUGCCUACGACAGAUUUAAUAGGUUGUGAUUUUCAAAGGAAUAUUCAAGGUAUAUGGAAAUGGAUAAUGGAUGACACGGUGUCAGCAAUUGGAAUUUGGGGAAUGGGAGGGUCUAGAAAAACAGCCUUAGCAACCCAUAUACAUAACAAGCUUAUUUUGGAAGAAGCUAGUAGUGACAUUAGAGUUAUUUGGGUAACUGUAUCACAAAAUAGCAUCUUGCAUUUGCAAAAAGUGAUAGCCAAAUCAAUUGAUCUGGAUAUAUCUAAUGAGUUUGAGGUUAAAAGAGUUGUCGGGAAAUUAUUUCAAGCAUUUGAAGAGAUGAACAAAUGUGUUAUUAUUUUAGAUGAUGUUUGGAAUCAUUUCUUUCUAAAGGACGUUGGAUUUCUUAUGUCAGAUAAUCGAAUUAAAUUGAUUUUGACCACCCGUAUAUGGAAUGUGUGUCAAGGUAUGGGUUGUAAGAAGGUAAUAGAAGUGGCGCCUCUAGAUGAAGAAGAGAGUUGGGAUUUGUUUAAUGAGUUUUUGGGAUCCUUCCGUGAAGAACUGUCUUCAGAAGUGGAAAAUAUUGCACAGAAUGUGGCACAAGCAUGUGAGGGUUUUCCCCCUAGUCAUUGUUAG